CUAAAGUUGACGUAGUAAAUAUUUACACAAGCGCUCCCUCCACCAGAACAGUGUCUACACGUCAGCUGAUACAAGACUAUUCCUUUCCCAGGAUCCAUACUGGGCACCUCUAGUAUGGAGAAGGAGGGUGAGGUAGGGGUGGCCCCUGGGCCAGAGGAGGGGGGGCCAGGCGAGGGGAUCCCUGCCCCACGACCCACUAUCUACUAUGGCCGAAUCCUCCUUGGGGAGAUCACGCCCCUUCUGGCCGCCAUGAAGCGCUCGACCCCUAGGUGGUCCUCGCACCAGCAGGAUUUAGACCGAGACCCACUGAUCAUGAAACUGAAGGACCUGCAAGCCUCCGUGACAUCACUAGGCCCGGAGGACUCGAUAGACCCCAACACAUUUCUUGACCCCUUCCUGGCCAUCAUCCGCUCGGAGGACACCACUGGGCCCGUUACCAAGAGUGCUCUGGCUGCCAUUAACAGAAUGCUUAAUUAUGGCCUAAUCAGCAGUGAGAGUGGCAGUGCAGCAAGUGCUGUUGAGGCUGUGGCUGCAGCUGUAACACAUGCCAGGUUUGUUGGCACAGACCAAGGUGCUGAUGAAGUGGUGCUUUGGGAAAUCCUUAUGGUGUUGAGAACAUUAAUGCUUGGUCCUGUGGGCCAUCUAUUAACAAACGAGUCAGUGUGUGAAAUCCUAAACUCCUCAUUCAGGAUUUGUUUUGAGACACGUCUUAGUGAAUUACUGAGGAACUGCACAGAGGAGGCACUCCGACACAUGGUUCAGCUGCUAUUUGCACGCCUACCACAGUUCAAAGAUGACCCUCGGGGCCAAGGGCAUGCUCGGAGGUUAAAGAUGAGGGCUGGGGGAGAAAGCAAAGGCAGGAGGAAGGGAAAAUCGCCCCGACCCACACCCUCCUCUACUCCCCCUCCCUCUGAGCAGCCUGUGUCCCCCUCACUCAAGGAGACAGAAAACCAGGAGAUACCAGAGGCAUGCACAGGUGAGCAAUCUUCAGCCAUCACGUCACCCACUGAAUCAGAGCUUGAGUCCAUAAGUAGUGCCCCAGUUGGAGAGAACCCUACAGGUGACACAGCUUCUGUCGACUCAGGCAUAAUGGAGACCAGCUUCCCUGUAGAUAACACUGUUGACAUAUCUCACACCCACUUAGCCCCAGACAGCUGUGGCUCCAUGGAAAAUCUUGAACCUAAAAGCGAACCAGAUGGCACAUGCACAUCAAAGAUGUCUGACUCUGAGCAAGUGGAAGCAGUGUCAAGAGAUCGUUCAGAAACAAACACUUCCCAGUCAUCAGCAGAGGUGGUUAAUCAUGGGGACAUUGAAGUAGAAGCUACAGGAGUGACAGAGAAGCUGGAUGAAUUGCAGCAGUUGGAGAAGGACGGCUUCAUCAAUUCCCAGGGAGUCAAGUUUACUCAGGAAGGAGUUAAUGUGGAAAGUGGUGCACUAGUCCCUUAUGGAAUGCCGUGUGUUAAGGAGGUGCUGCGCUUCUUGAUCUCUCUCACCUCUCCAAACAAUGAGCAGAAUACUCCAGCAAUGAUCCUAACAGCACUCAACCUACUCACAGUGGCUCUGGAGGUUGGUGCAGAUCACAUCAAUCACACACCAUCUCUCCUGGUCUUGCUAAAAGACCAGCUCUGCAGGAAUCUUUUCAUGCUCCUGAAGCCAGAAUCCCGACUGAGCAUCUUUAUGGCUUCAUUACGCAUGUGUACACUCCUGUGUGAAUCACUACGGUCUCAUUUGAAGUUUCAGGUGGAGAUGUUUUUAAAUAAACUAAUGGAAAUCAUAACAUCAGAAGCACCAAACAUUUCCUAUGCUCACAAGGAGUUGGGUCUGGAGACAAUCGUCCAGCUUUGGCGUAUUCCAGGAUUCAUCACAGAACUGUUCCUCAAUUAUGAUUGCGACUUGUACACUUCCAAUCUUUUUGAGGAUCUCACAAAAAUGCUCUCUAAAAAUGCAUUCCCAGUGCAGGGUUUAUAUUCUACCAAUCUGUUGUCCUUAGAGGCAUUAUUUACAGUUAUAGAGACCAUAGAGAGUCACAGUGUGAGCAAAGACAAGCAAGUGCUGGAGAAACAAGACACGCUCAAAGCACCUUUGGUUAUUACUCCAGUAUCGUCAGGCUACCUCCUGGGGCUGGGAUUACUUGGGGGCUUCUCACCAGUGACGCCCCAACUGAGACCGAGAUGUGUUCUUUCUGGUAGUAACAGCAUCUCCCGGGAACAGCUUCUGGCCCUUAAAGAGAAGAAGAAGCUCUUAGCAGCUGGCACAGACCAAUUCAAUGCAAAACCUGAAAAGGGCAUAAAAUUCCUACAGGACAACGGGAUUGUUCCCAGCUCAGUAGAGGAUAUAGCAGUAUUCCUUAGAGAAAAUCCAAGGCUUAGUAAGAAGGUCAUUGGUGACUAUGUUAGCAAGAAGAAGAAUGUUGACAUACUCUCUGCAUUUGUGAAAUCCUUUGAAUUUAGAAACUUACGAGUAGAUGAAGCUUUGCGAAUGUUCCUCGAAAGCUUCAGGCUGCCAGGAGAAGCUCCAUUAAUUGCUAUUAUCAUUGAGCAUUUUUCAUCUCACUGGCACAUUAGUAACAAUGAACCAUUUGCAAAAGAGGAUGCUGCCUUCACUCUUGCAUAUGCUGUCAUCAUGCUCAAUGUGGACCAGCACAACCAGAAUGCUAAGAAGCAGAACAUACCCAUGACUCUCGACCAGUUUAGAAAUAAUCUGCGAGGUGUUGAUGAUGGAUCAGAUUUUGAUCAAGAUAUGCUUGAAGAAAUUUAUAAUGCUAUUAGGAUAGAUGAGAUAGUGAUGCCUGAAGAGCAGACUGGUCUUGUGAGAGAGAAUUAUUUGUGGAAAAUGUUGUUAAGGAGAGGUCACACAAAAGAGGGCCAGUACUACCUAGGAAACGAAGACACUUCCUUUGAUCGGGACUUGUUCGCACUGUGUUGGGGUCCAACAAUUGCUUCACUCUCUUAUGUAUUUGAUAAAUCAAUGGAUGAUGCUAUCAUCCAGAGGGCAGUGUCAGGCUUCAGGAAAUGUGCCUCGAUAUCAGCACGAUUUGGAAUGAGUGAUGUGUUUGAUAAUUUAGUUGUAUCUCUUUGUAAAUUUACAACUCUUGCAGCUUCUACAGCAUCUGCCGAAGCACCAGAGCAUGUCACUGUGGCUUUCGGGGCUAAUAAAAAGGCACAACUUGCAGCAAAGACUGUAUUCAGAUUAGUAACCUCACAUGGAGACAUUCUUCGAGAUGGUUGGAAAAAUAUACUAGACCUUCUGCUGCAAUUGUUCAGGUGCCGCCUGCUGCCAUCCUCUUUGGUGGAAAGUGAAGAUUUUGUGGAGACCAGUGGACACAUCAGCCUUUUGAGAGAAACCCCAGUAACUGUGCCAAGAGUUGAGUCUGGCCUCUUCUCUUCAAUCUACUCGUACAUAGCUCUUGGAGAUGCUGGAGCUGCCCGUGGGACUAACCCUGAAGAUGUGGAACUAUCACAGAGAGCAAGGAACUGCAUUGCUGAAUGCCAUCCAGAGAGACUCAUCACUGAGUCUGCCUUCCUUCGCUGUGACUCCCUGAAUGAGCUUCUGAAGGCCAUGAUGGGUGCAGGAGAUGCAAGCACCCUUGGGGAUACAGGAGUGACCCCAGGAGGCAGCAUGCUUGAGGGAGGAUCCCCAGGAGGGCUGGACGAGCACUCCCAGGCAUUCCUAUUGGAACUGGUGGUGCAGGUCCUUGUGGCCAAUAAGGACCGGGCUGUGGGAGUGUGGCCAGGUGUUCGCAACCACAUCUAUUCACUUUUGAUGGGUGCAGCUGCUGCUGACCGGCAAUUCCUGCUUGAACGCUGUGUUGUGGCCAUGCUCAGGCUAGCCAAGGUCCUAUUACGAAGACCUAACUUAGCCAACCCCAUUCUGCAGUCUCUGCGGAUGUUGCUUCUGCUACGACCAAAUGUCCUGCUUAGAGUGUCCCUGCAGGUUGUUUGUGGUCUGCGUGAGGUUCUGAGUGUGAACACCGAUAACAUCCAUGAUUCCAAUGACUGGACUGUGUUGUUCAAUUUGCUGGAAUGUGCUGGUGCUGGAGCAAAACCUCCUCCAAUGGUCAAUUCAGAUCCCAGUGACGUAGUUAGUGAUACAGGAUCCAUGUCAGAAAGUGAGGUGGGCAGCUCAUCGGGAGUUGACUCAGGCCAUUACACGGAAGGGGAGUCUGGUGAGGUGGCCCCCGGCUCACCUGUGGCUGAACCCCCAGAGGGAGUGAAGCCCAGCCAGCGUUCUCGGGCAGCCAGUCCUGACCCCCUCCACAACACAGGAGGUUGGAUACUGGUGGGGCGUGAAGGAGAGAUUGAGCCAGUGGCAGUUCGGGCAGUGGCAGUGAAUGAGUGGGACAUUGUGCACCAGAGGGAGCUGGGUGAACACCGACCUGAAGCCCUUGUGCAAGCAGUUGACACAGUGGCCUUCUUGGUACGAGACCGACGCGUAACACAUGCCAGCUUACCGUCAGCUGUCCAGGCUUGUAGGACCUUUGUGGAGGCUACUCUCAAUGGAGGAAAGAUUGAAAAGAGAGCUACCAACAAGGAGGGUGUUCGAUCUCCAUCUCGCCGCAAGACACCCGGCCGCCGCAAGGACGAGAAGGGAAGUGCUCGCAGACCCAAGUCACCAACAUCUGGGUCCAGUGCCUAUGAUGCAGAUGAGUCUGAUUCCGAUGAUGUGCCUGUCACAUACCAGCAAGUUUCGGAAAAGCUGCUGGACCUGAUGGAUACUCUGCACACGGCAUCCAGCCAGAUUGUGGAGUUGGGUGAGCAGCCCAAGCUUCAAGGGUCGCCAGUCGCUCUCUGGGCUCAGGCACUGUGUCCUCUUCUGCAGGGGAUUGCAAGAUAUUGCUGUGAUUCACGGACAAUGAUCCGCAACAUGGCCAUGACGUACCUCCACCGCGCACUCCUCAACCACGACCUGCAGGCCCUGAGUGCCUUGGAGUGGGAGUCUUGCUUCAACAAGGUCCUCUUCCCUCUCCUGGCCAAGCUGUUGCAGCCGCUGCCUGGCUCCAGCCCUGCCUCGCUUGAGGAGACCAGAGUCAGGGCAGCCACACUUGUACAGAAAGUCUAUCUACGGCAUCUGACACCACUCCUGACACUGUCGACCUUCACAGCCCUGUGGCUCACCAUCCUAGACUUCAUGGACAAAUACCUCAACACGCAGCACUCUGACCACCUGAGUGAUGCCAUUCCCGAAAUACUGAAGAACAUGUUACUGGUAAUGGAGACAACUCAGGUCUUCCACACAGCCGAUGGCUUCACGCGCCUCUGGACCAUCACAUGGGACCGCAUUGAUGCCUUCUUGCCUGAUUUUCGCCACCACAUCUUCAGGAGCCACCCCCCAUCUGAAAUCCACAAGAUAGAAGUGGUCCCAGCAGAUGUCCCAGCCAAAACACCACCAGCAGAAGCCACAGUGCCAAGUCCAGCAGUAAAUGUUACAAACACAACUGCUCCAACCGAGAUAGCCAGUGGGAACCCCAGUAACACUUACCCUGUUAAUGUCAGCCCUGGUAUCCCAGAUCAACCUGCACAGAACACCACCAGUAGCUUGUCAUCCAGCCCUGCUACUAAAGAAGCUUAUGUGCCCCCAACUCUUCAGGAACAGGGAGCUGCAAGACUGUCCCUGAGUCAAGAAAGCUUACCCACAAGCUAUGGCACAGGGGUCAUACUGCAGCCGCCGUUGCCCACCCUCCUCCCUGUAUCACCUCAUGGCUCACCCCCCGCAACUGAUCCUCAGUCUGCUGCCUCCCCUUUGUCUCCUCAGGUGCUGUCCACUACACCUUUGGCUAGUGGGAGUUUAGCCUCCAGCCCCAUCCCUCCAACUCUCCCUCAUCUGACACCCUCUCCUCUCCCACAUACAGUCUCUCUCCCCGAGCUAAAUGCGCAGAAUACAUUAAUGUUCACACCCAUGGCCAUUCAGAAAUCAGAGCCCCAAGCAGAGACUCCCUUCGCUUCUCCCAUGCUUCAGCAGCCCUCAGUGCCAUUGUUAAAUAUUAGCUGUAGUAGCAGUCCUGCUGAAGAUGCUGCGACUACUUCUCUUACGUCUCAUCUGCCAUCCUAUGACAUGCAAGGACCGAGUCCAAUAACAAGCUUUAGCUCUGUUGAAAGUCCAUCAUAUCAGUGCAGUGAAAGACAAGGACUUUUCUCAAGUGAUCAGGACUCUAGUAAUACACAGCAUAUGACAUCUGAUGUUCAGUUUUAUACACCUUGUGGUAAUGCAGACCCAAGCCAAAGAGGCAGGACGGAAGAUAGUCAAUCCCCCAGAGAAUCAGGUGGAAGUAUGCCUGUCUUUGAUCUGUUGGCUGCAUCUAACAGUCAGACAAGUCCCUCUCCAGACGCACAGACACCAAGACAACCAGAUGUUGACGGCACCCCUAAACCCCUUCCUGACAGCACCCCCAGCACCCAGGGCUCGCCACCCGAGACAUUGCCCACCCAGACUGUGGGCUCCGUCUUCCCCCUCUCGAUCCCCUCUUUCCUCAAUCCCUUUUCCACGGAGGUUGAUGCCCGGCAGGAGGUCAGUUCCGCCACAAACAAUGCCCCUGUUGAGCCCCCGAGUGCCCAUACCCCUGAACCCCGGGCACUAAAGGACUCGUUUCCCACGUACCGUCCAGCAUCCAUACUCUUCAGCCAGUCAGCCGAUGACAAGCUCUUCGUAGUGGACCCCAUGGCAUCUCCUGACCUCCCACAGGCGACAACAGCAAAUGUGGCAGAAGGAAGCCUGGCAGAGAAGUCGGCAGCUGAAGUGAGUGAGGAGCAGCCAAAGGCCCCAGUGCCACUGCUCUUGACGAACUCGGCACUGCACCAAUCUCCUCUUACACUCUUGCCUCCUGGUGCUCUCAAGAAUCAAGAGGCUCUUUAGUGCAUUUCUGGUGCAGCAUUCCCAACAACCAUGGAAUUUUGAAUUGUCAAGAUAUAAUAGUUAUGGGUUUUCUUUUCGUAGCUGAAGGUGUACAGUUCUGGCCCGGACUGUGGCUCCUUUGCCAUUUACGACACAGAACUUCUUCAAGAAGUGAAUUCUUACAUGAGUUUAAUCAUGUGUACAGUUUGGUAGCUGUAUUAUUUGAACACAGAAACAGUGAAUGCAUACACACAAAAACAAAUACAUAAGCAUAGAAAUAUAUACAAAUUUACAGGCCAUAUGAAUAAAACAAAUUUAAACCUACCCAAACAAACAAGAAUACGAAAGGAAAACAGCCACAU